GCCUGCGGGGGGAAGGGCAGUUCCGGGCCGGCCGCGCCUUAGCAGGGCGGCGGCUCUCCCGGCGCAGACGCAGGGCCCCGGCGGCGGCCACGAGUGGGGAAACCAAGUUGUGCGGUCGGUGAUGCCUGAGUGAACGGCGGGCCCGGGCCCCUGCCCCGAGGAGGCAGCUCCCACGCAGGCCGCACGGGUGCCCUCGCGUCCGGGAGGCUUCGUUUCUGUUUGGCGGCGGCAGCGGUGUUGUUGGCUGAGGGGACCCGGGACACCUGGAUGCCCCCGGCCCCGGCUCCUCCGACGCGAUGGGGAAGGUGCUCUCUAAGAUCUUCGGGAACAAGGAAAUGCGGAUCCUCAUGUUGGGCCUGGACGCAGCCGGCAAGACAACAAUCCUGUACAAGUUGAAGCUGGGCCAGUCGGUGACCACCAUCCCCACCGUGGGUUUCAACGUGGAGACGGUGACUUAUAAAAACGUCAAGUUCAACGUAUGGGAUGUAGGCGGCCAGGACAAGAUCCGGCCUCUCUGGCGGCAUUACUACACCGGGACCCAGGGUCUGAUCUUCGUAGUGGACUGCGCCGACCGCGACCGCAUCGACGAGGCCCGCCAGGAGCUGCACCGUAUAAUCAAUGAUCGGGAGAUGAGGGACGCCAUAAUCCUCAUCUUCGCCAAUAAACAGGACCUGCCUGAUGCCAUGAAACCCCACGAGAUCCAGGAGAAACUGGGCCUGACUCGGAUUCGGGACAGGAACUGGUAUGUGCAGCCCUCCUGUGCCACCUCAGGGGACGGACUCUACGAGGGGCUCACAUGGUUAACCUCUAACUACAAAUCCUAAUGAGCAUUCUUCACCCAUCCCCCGGAAGGAGAGAAAUCAAAAACCCAUUCAUAGGAUUAUCACCACCAUCACCUCUUUCAAUUGCCACAUUCUCCUCUUUUGAAUUUGAACUCUGGAGUUACUGUUCUUACGGUUUGGGCGGGGGUUAGGGGUUUUCUUUUUAUUUUCUUUUUUCUUUUUUCCUUUUUUCCUUUGCUUUAGGACGCCCUGAUAAACGACAUUUGACGUGAACACAAAGUGCUAGAUGCUCUUGCCGACUUCCAGCAAAUGGGAUGGGGGUAAAAUAAGUCUGGUAAAGUCCUUUAUAAUAAUGGUUUGAUUUUUUUUUUUAUUUUGAAAGAAUCUUUUUUUUCCCAGUGUAUGCUUUUUUUUCUUUUUGCCCACUUUAUCACUUGCUGUAGAUGGCUUAUUUUGCAUUCAUGCAGACUAUGUUGCGAGUCUGUUUCAUCUAGUAAACUGAAAAUUAUUGCUUAAUCAAACUGCCGUUUGUCUUUUAUAUUUAAGGCCUUUUCCCCUCCCUUAUGAGUUCUAACUUAGUGAUUUUCAAAAUGUGACGUUUUAUAUCGAAGACCAGUAUAGCAAACUUAGCCCAUAGUGGCAGAAGUGAGUAAUACCAUUGUAAUAUGUUCCAGUAGCACAUAAGUGUGUUAAACAGGUAAUGUAAGAAGUUCUUUGAAAUGUCAGCUAUUAAGUUCUGAAACAUACAUCAUGCAUGAGUAGGGAUAAAACUCAAGUUCCCCAUUACAUAGUUAACACUGCAUAAAAAUACGAAAGUGUAACCUGUCGAGGACAGACUUUUUUCACUGCAAAGUUAGUUAACUUUGCUAUGUUUUCCAUCUUCUAACUUUAAAGAUACAUUCUUCCCAGAAAAUGGAGCAAUAAUGGUAUAUACCACACACAGAUGAAAUAUUUGUAGAUAUUUUAAGUGAUUAUGGGGUGAAACUGGAAUAUAUACUUUACCGUAUUUCAACUGUUUAAGACCAAUAAUUUAAAAAUUACUAGAAUGUUUACUUUGUUCAUUAAGCAUUUAACAAUUCAAAUAAUAUGCACAUUUUACCUAGUGGAAAACCACACAUUCCAGUUGUAACAUUACAGCAACUGAUUAGUGCAAGUCUAUUUUUAUAGAUGAAUGAUCCACAUCUCCAUUAAUUAGAACACUGGAAAAGAUGUUUAUAAAAAAGGUAAUUCUGUUUGAUUGUAGGAUUAACUCAUGCAAAUAGAUAUCCUGUUGGUUCAAUAAUACACUAUCUCUUAAGGAAGGAAAUGUGAUGAAUGAAUGAAGUGUAGGUUUGAGGAAUGAACAAAGGGGAAGAAGCAGGAUGAAAAGAACCUACAGAUGACAAUGAAUGUAAAACUUUUUUCUUCAAGGGUAAGCCAUGUGCUCACUGGUGAUAUCCAGAUCCUAACAAGAUUACUUGCUUAGCUGGUUAGGACCAGUAACCAGAUGUUAAUGCUUGAUACAAUAUUGUGAAGCAGCAUCUGGUUCUUAUAUAGCCUUAAGGAUUAGUUUUAGAGAUCCUCAAGGAAUUAAGCUUAGGGAACUUAAGAAAUGUAGACUGCAAAGGUAGUAUACAAGAAAAGAUGGAGAGGGUUUUGUUCAUGAGGGUGUCUGAAACCUGAAACUGAGCGGGAUAUCAUGGUAUAUAGUUGGACAGUACCGGUCCUUCAUGCUUUGGCCAUAUUGUAUGAUGGAGCUUUUACCAAAGAUGUAUGAGAAAAAUAAGGCUAUAAAAAACUAUUCAAAGUAAAACUCUUGAACAAACAUUUUACUUAAGGCAGAUGAGAAAAGGUGCUACGUUGUAGGCUCCUCAUGGUGCAGAGGGAUUUUUUAAUUCAAAAUGCAACUAAGGUACAAUGUUUUCAGUUUCACUUCAGUAUCUCUGGAAAUGAAGCUGAUGGAUACAUCUAAGAACAUUUUAGUUGCUUUUAAAAUUCCUAAAGCUCCACCAUAAAUCUAAUGCUUAGUGUUUUAAGUGAUUACAUUUUAAGGUACCUAAACAUGGGUUAUGCAAAUAUCAAUGCUAUAGUAACAUCCUGAAACAAGACAAGCACAAAGGUAUAAAUGCCUAAACUGGAGGAAACUUGAAACCCUCAUGUUAAAAUUCUUAAAUGUAGUAUUUCUAACUUGUGACAGAUUGGUAGGCAGCCAUUUUUUUGUCUUAAAAUAACUGGGGGCAUAGUUAAAAUUUUAUACAUCAAGUGAUUGUUAUUGAAUGUUGCAGGUGAGAUGUGGUUAUUUUUAGUUUAUUUGAAAUGUCUAACUGAAGAGGGGGAGGGGAAAGCAAAUACUUGAAUUUGGAAAACCCUAAACCUUUUCGUAAGAAAUCGUACUUUUCAGUUACAUUUUCUUUAAAGACACGAAAGGUUGAUAACUGAUGUAGUUAAAUUGAACCAUAACCAUUGGUAAUCAUGGGGCAGGUAAUUGCAGCCUGCAGAAGUUAUAAUUAAGAAUUUAAAAAUAAGAUCCUGAAGUUUUUGUUUAAUUAUAUCAAUUUCUGUAUUUAUAUGAAUUUAUAAACAGUAAGUUUUGAAUGAAAUUAAUCUUGUCUAAUAUAAGUAAAUGAGUCUGUAGACUGUGAUCUCCCCAAACUAAAAAGUACAGUACUUGGAAUUGUGUUCUUAAUGGUUGUAGUGUUGGUAAAGCACUAAUAUGCAGAAAAUAAAGGAAUUACCCAGUGCA